UGUUGCACUCGUUGCAGUAGGAGGGUCCAUGUGCAUAGAAUGACGUCGCUUUGACUUCAAGUCCGACCGACUCCUUCGUUUGUUUUUUAAUACUCUUUUUAUCCGGGGGGGCCCCGCGAAUCGGUAAUCUGCAAAAUUGCGGCCAUAAUGUGAGAUCAUCCGCCGCUGUCGUCCGACCCGCCGCUGUCGUUCGUCCUGUCAGGAGCAGCCGUUCGCUGUUGAGGAUUACUAGUGAUAAUACGCAGUAGACUUCUCCAGUGUGUCUAGCUGUCAAACUGAAAACUAUGUAUUGGCAAGAGUAGACAGGACACAUUUGUUGAUAUUUAUUGACUUUGCUUUUGCGUGUCUUUUUUUUUUUUUUUUUUUUUUGUCGGUCCUCUUGGAUUAUCGCUGCCCAGCAACACGGCCACCUGACAACUCUGAAUGUCGUAAUUAAGGUGAAUCAAUGAGCCAGCAAUGGAGACCAAAAGAUACCAAAGUUUCUUUGAUGGAAGCGAUACAGAGAACAGAUGGUCGCAGGUCCCGAGCACCAUGGAGCAUUGCUGCAGUACAGAGGAUUCAAGUCUGACCAACAGCGAUAUCCUGAUGGACAUAGUCAAUGUUAGCUGCCCUGCUGGAAGCCCGGCCACUGACUGCAAAGACAACAAUACAAAGAAGCAGGAGCAGCCAAUGCUUCGGCUCAGCCAGAACCAGCCAUUUGUUCUCCCACACUUCAACAACUCUCUCCAUGGUCAUAAGCAGGAAAUGGACUCCAAGGAGCUUUCCAAGACUGUGGCUGAGUCUAUGGGCUUGUAUAUGAAUGCUGCCAGGGAGGCAGACUUUGCCUUUAGCCAGCAUGGGGGCAGUACCAGCCCUGGGAAGAUGUAUCCAGUGUGUGGGCGGUCUGUGGAGGAGACCCAGUGUGGUUCCACAAAGAGCCCCAAGUUAAAGCCAUUUGGUUUCCAGCAGCCCAGCACCACUCCCAGAGAAUGCACCACUGGGACCCCAGUUAGCUCAGCUUCAAUGCUGGUUUCAUCUCUGUCCUGCAGUCCCCAGACCUCCAGCUCCAUCUCUAGCCCCGGGGGCAGCAACAAUAUGGUGUCAUCAACCACCAGUCCUCCUACGUGCUUUGGACCAGCGUGCUCGUCCGUCAGUAGUCCUGUCAGCCAGACGUCUUGUGCUGCAACUCUGGCCAACAUCAAGCGCAGGAAUUCAGCCACAUGUAGCCCUAUAGAGUCCAGCACAGUGGGCUCACCACCACUCACCAGCCCGCUCAAUGUCAUGAGGUCCCCCAUGUCCAGCCCCCAGAGUAUGAGUAGUGUGAGAUCGCCUCCGUCCUGCAGCACUACCUGUAAUAUUAGGUCAUCGGUCUCGAGCCCUACAGGUGGCGGCUGCACCAGCACUGCCAACAACUGCAACACAGUAAGGCCCUCUCUCUCCAGUCCGGCCACAGGGGGAACCAUGGCGGUCAGCAGCCCACAGAACCCCUCCUCAGGUGGGUUCCCUGUGUCCAGUCCUGCUGGCGGACUGGGUUUGGUGCAGAAUGACACCAACAGCCCAGAAGCAGCAGGUCUGACCAGAGACACGGACUUCAAGAACUUUGAAUUCCCGAAAGUAGAGAUGGUAGAUGGGGAGGUGUUCAAUGUCGGCUUAGACCAGAUGGGCAUGGUCAAGUACAUUAAGAAUGAGCCUGGAACUGACUUCAGGAGCAUGUGUUUGGGCAGCUCCAAAUGUAAUGCGAGUAGCACACCUUUUAUCACACAGAUUAAGAGUGAGCCAAACAAAAAUGAGGGAUGUAUGAACCCUCAGCCCUACGGUGAUCAGUCACCAUCUCUUGGUCUCUUUCCUGCAUCUGAGACCACCUAUUUGUCUCUGAGGAAUAAUAUUGAUGAAUACAGUCUUUCUGGUAUCUUAGGACCCCCUGUCUCCUCUAUGAAUGGGAACUAUGAGUCCGAUGUGUUCUCCAACAAUGUCCUGUCUAAAGGGGUUAAGCAGGAGACCAAUGAUGGCAGCUAUUACCAAGAGAAUAACAGCAUGCCCACAUCGGCCAUUGUUGGAGUUAAUUCCGGUGGACAUUCAUUCCAUUACCAGAUUGGAGCUCAAGGAACAAUGUCUUUCACGCGGCAUGAUGUGAGGGACCAGUCCAACCCUUUGUUGAAUCUAAUUUCACCCGUAACUGCAUUAAUGGAGUCCUGGAAAUCUCGGCCGGGCAUGUCACAGGGGUCACUGUCAGCCAGAGGUGAGGGAUACCCGGGUCAGAACUGCAUCACGGACAGCUCGCCACUGAGACAACCGUCCUCAACGGCCAAAGUGUGCCUGGUUUGCGGAGACGAAGCAUCAGGAUGCCACUACGGUGUUGUGACAUGUGGAAGCUGCAAAGUCUUCUUCAAAAGAGCAGUGGAAGGUCAGCACAACUACCUGUGUGCCGGGAGAAAUGACUGUAUCAUUGACAAGAUCCGAAGGAAAAACUGUCCGGCGUGUCGCGUACGGAAGUGUCUCCAGGCCGGGAUGAACCUAGGAGCACGAAAGUCCAAGAAGUUAGGGAAGCUGAAGGGAGUCAGCGAGGAUCUACAGGGCUCUAAGGAUGGCCAGACUGCCACAGGUGGUGUUGGAGGCAGUUACCUGUCCUCAGAGAAGGAGCUGAACGCCAGUGCUGCCAAUGCCCUGGUGCCCCACGGGCCUGGGGUGGUCACACCUUUUCUGCCGCCCUCCAUCUGCAGUGUGUUAGAGCUGAUUGAGCCUGAAGAGGUGUAUUCUGGCUAUGACAACACGCAGCCUGACACCACUGACCACCUGCUGUCCAGUCUCAACCGCCUGGCCGGAAAGCAGAUGGUACGCAUGGUGAAGUGGGCCAAAGUACUUCCAGGUUUCCGGGGCCUGCCCAUUGAGGACCAAAUCACCCUGAUCCAGUACUCAUGGAUGUGUCUGUCCUCCUUUUGCCUCAGCUGGCGCUCCUACAAACACACCAAUGGACAGAUGCUCUACUUUGCCCCUGACCUCAUCUUUAACGAGGACCGCAUGCAGCAGUCAGCCAUGUAUGACCUUUGUCUGGGCAUGAGGCAGGUGAGCCAGGAGUUUGUACGACUGCAGCUAACCUACGACGAGUUCCUCUCCAUGAAGGUCCUUCUGCUUCUCAGCACAGUUCCCAAAGAGGGUCUGAAGAACCAGGCAGCGUUCGAGGAGAUGAGGGUUAAUUACAUCAAGGAGCUCCGGCGUUCAGUGGGAAAAGCAACCAACAAUUCUGGCCAAACCUGGCAGCGCUUCUUCCAGCUCACCAAGCUGCUGGACGCCAUGCAUGAUCUGGUGGGGAACCUGUUGGACUUCUGCUUCUACACCUUUCGUGAGUCCCAGGCCCUGAAGGUGGAGUUCCCCGAAAUGUUGGUGGAGAUCAUCAGUGACCAGAUACCAAAGGUGGAGUCAGGCCUCACUCACACAAUCUACUUCCACAAGAAGUGACUUGCUUAACAGUUGGGACAGAAGCAGCAUUAAGAACUGGAAGAGAGGAGGAAGAAGUUCAAGAACAGAGAAGAAAAUGUGCAAGGAAGGCCUGGCCAGUUGGCCUGCACCCUGUCGCCCAGUAUGCCAGCGUCCUCCUCUUGGAUGGGAAAGUUAAGUGGCGUGGUGACAGAAGUAAAAAAAAGGGGAUAAUGAUUUGACCCUGCAGUCACCGCGAGCGGGUCAGAGCUGUGAAUAGUUUGUCGAGUCGAGUACGACACGGCGAGAAGGACUUGUGACAAAUGUGACAAAGCAUCCCGAAGUUCCCCCCCUGCCCCCCUCCCUGCCCCAAAGACAGUAACAGUAUUUUCUAUGGAGAUAAAGCCAUACAUUUCUUAGGAUGCGCUAGAUACAUUCACUGCGCACGCAGACACACACACACACACACACACACACACACACACACACACACACACACACACACACACACACUCACACACACACUCACACACUCACACACACAAAUACACACACACACACACACACACACACACACACAUAUGUAGAGGGAAAUUGAUACACAUGCUGUCCACAUGCCUUCACACAAACGCACAGAUGCACUCCACAUGCACUAAAAUCAGAUUACAAAUCUAGAGAAAACGUUUUUGCAAAUAUUAAAUGUGGCUUAUGCAGUCUUUCAAAAUAAUAGCACUACGGAAAAAAAUAUGCCAAUACUUAGAUUUUGCUUUGCAGUGUAGCAACAUACUGCAAGACUACAGGGCAACGGAAGUUUUGAGGAGGCACAGAAAUUCUGGACUGUAAGGCGAAAGGUCUAUUUGAAUAUAUUCCAAGGGCUAUACAAGCGUUAUCAUAAGCUGGAUAAUUACAUUAAAUCUAACAAGUCCAAGUUUGAAUCUCAAUCAGUGUCAUAACAGCCAUCAUUAACAUUCACAUACUGAGUUUUUUAAUUAAAAUAUGUAGUAAAACAAUCAAAACUAAUAUGCAAAAGUCCAAAGCUAAAGCCGUUUUGAAAAAAAAAUGUCUCUCUUGUGUAAAGAAAGCUUGCACGUGAAGCUCCCAUGUCAUAAAGUCACUAUUUUAGGCAUUGUGGUGUAGAAUUAAGACAAUAUUGAUGAGCGAUUUUACCUUUGUGCAAAAGUGGUCAGGAGUGCUGCAGGAUGGAAAACAUGCAUUUACGGAGACAAUUUCAGUAGAGUCCGCUGGUAAUGGAUUUGACUGAGGUGCAUCCAUAGUAAUUGUGUUUUGUGUUAUCUCCAGAGCAGCUGUCCAAAUGUCUGUUUUUACUCACAAUGAAGCAAAACCAGCCCUUUGUGAACCAACACUUAUCUACUCUUCCCAGAAAUAAUAAAAAGCAUUUUAUAAAAGUGUGUUGCAAAGGUUUAGUUUUUGACAAGCCAGUCAUUUUACAUUAAGGUGCUUCAUUUCUACAAAGCCAGGCAAAACAUAACAUGUACAGUAACUCGUAGGCAGUCCAUACACAAUACACUGUAUGGACACACAGUUUAAACACACAUACUCUGUAAAGUUGAUAUAAUCCAAAAUGGAGCAUUACUCUGCAGUGCUUUCAGCAAAUGGCUAAUGUAUCAAAACCAGGCAAAUGUGUACAGGUAUUAACAACUUCUUAAACACAUUCUAUUCAGCUGUUGUACAGAUGAUGUUUUGAGGUACAUGUUGAUGAAUGCUUGAUGAAGAACUGUUGGUAUGAUCACCUUUCCUAAUUUAGAUUAUUUCCUUUAUCUUAUCUUUGGGCCAAGUACUACUAUUUUAGGUAUGGCAGGCCCAGUCAUCUGGACCAUUAACUUGUCUCACACCCCACUGGUUUCUGGGUGGUUGUGGAACACUACUAUGAUGCUACUGAAAAGCGAUAGAGCCACUGGGGAAGAAAAACAGUGGGGGCGUGUGAUUAUUAUUAUUUUUUUGUGCCCUGUGUGUAUGUAUUUACAUGUGUGAAUGGAGCAAGUGUGGCUUAAGUUUGUGUUUGUGUGUUUGUGUGUGUGUGUGUGUGUGUGUGUGUGUGUGUGUGUGUUUGUGUUUUUUUUUCUGGCAAGCAUGUGCAUAGUUGAUCUGCUCUUUCAGCGUGGGUAUUAUGCAUUUAUGUUAUAGGAUUAGCCGUAUCCUAUUUCCACAUUUAGAUUUGCACGGAGGAGAUACAAUGUGAAAUGAGGCAUUAGAGCAGCUAGCAGGAAUUGUCUGUUUUGAUAAGCAACUGUGAUCAUGCGGGAAAAGACUUUCUGCAUGGUCACCCAGCCUAAAGUUAGACGACAUGACAUCAUUAGCACAGCAGGGUGGUCGUGUACUGUAUUUGUGGCCACAGCUCUUGUAGUGAUGGCACUGUGCUGCAUUAUGAGGUCUCUUCUGUGGUGGUAAUUGUGUAAAGAUUGGUGUACAAAGAGAUGGAGGUAGCGUGAUCACAACUGUCACAAGGGACUGUACAAAAAUUAUUUGAGGUGUUCAUAAAAGGGUGGUGGUGUUUUAAAUUUUUUGUUCAAGGGUAGUUAAAUUUUUUUGGGGGGGGGGAGCAGGGGAGGGUGUUUCAACUUUUUCUCAUACCAGAAUUAUAUUUUUUUUAUGUAUUCUGGGGUGAAAAUAUUAUGGCGCUCAAGUCUAUCAGCACCAACAGAGAUGGCGCCUGGGCCUAGUCCACUCUUUCAGUGGCUUUUAUAGACCUAGUUGUUUAGCCGCUGUUUAUUCAAAAGUAGACACUGGCUGUAUUUUCACUAUUUUGUUAUUUUUUUCGUAAAUAAGUGAUUUUGAGAUAAUAUUACUUAAAUAAUUUAAAGGGUAUUGCUCUUUUAUAAAAAGAAAUAAAUGAAAUUUUUGUACAGUCCCUUGUCAGAAAGGCCUCAUUUUACAAUCCGUCUUUUUUGUGCAUUAUUGUGUUCAAGUUGUGAAAGACCCUUAAGCUAAUCUCUCACUGUUUCUUUAUUUUGCCCCUUUUUUGUCCUUUUUAAGGAAUAAAAAACUGUCUAAAGGUUCAUAGGAUGAAUGGGAAAGUAUUUUUGAGAGAAUUAUAUUUUGCUGGAAAACAAUAUUUAAGUACUUUGUCUAAAAAUGAUAUCCUUUUUGUAAAAUGAAAUGUUAAUGCAUGCUUUUUGAUGAGAUGUUUACAUUGUAUUUAAAAAAGGGAAACUUGUGCCUUUUUAUCUCACCUGAUUUACAAUUUUACAGUAUAUAUUGUAAAUAAUACAGCAAGUCCUUAUGUUGAGUAUAGUAUAAAACAUUUCUACUUUAACCAUCUUGUUGGAAUAUUGGAAAAAUAUGUGUUUCCCACUCGCCAUGUUCUGUGUGUUGGAUCACAGAGAAGAAUUUACAGUAAAGGUUGGUGCCAGAAAGGGCCAAAUAGAGAAAUGAAUGUAUCAUACAUUGUGAGAGACUUAUGGAACUUACUACCUGAAUGUUAGAGAGAGUACAUUUAUUAUCUUCUUAUUAAGUAAAGUUAUUUGAUUUUGCAUCUUUUCUUUUUUUUCUUUUUUUUUUUUUACUUUUUGCAUCAUUGUUCAAGUGGCUCAGACAAAAAAUAAUAAUAAUCAAAAAGUAUUUCUUAUUUUGUAACAAGAUGUAUCAAGUGAUGGAUCCUUGAGUUGUUGCUGUUGAUAUGAUUUCCUAACCCAUGGAGGUAUUGUUGAUGAGCACCACAAUAAAAUCAAGAAAUCACAAACUAA